AGGUUCUUAAGAUGGCACUACAAGAUGAAACUAACACAAUAAGUGAUCCUUUUGAAUACGUACAAAAAAUUUUUUCAAAAGCCAAUCUUUGGAAUCUAAGCAAGACACGAGUAGAAUUUUUGUUAUAUGUAAACCAUAUUCAAUUAAUGGAAGCAUCAACUUGUCGAUUGCCUCCUAUAUUUAAUGAAUCUGAUACCGAGCCUAGUAUAUUUCUUAAUGAUAGUGGUGGUAAUAUCAAUAGUUAUGGUGAUAAAACAGCUGAUCAAAAUAACGAAAUGGCUUUGAAAAUUUUGAAAGGUCAUAUAGUGAAGUAUUUUUGGGAAGAGAUAGUUUUAAAAUCCAAAUUAGAUUGUAAUGAUUGUAAUUCAUUAAGUUUUAUUGUUAAAGGAAUUCGAAAUAAUAUUGCAAGUGAA